AUGGAGCAUUCAGGUGAUGACCCCGAUGAUUUGGUGAGGAAUAAAAUCGAUCUUAAUUAUAUUACAAAAAUGACUUAUCAAAUGCAUGUCCCCGAUUCAAUAACAGUUGGCCCGAAUCGAUCAACAUUUCCUCGUCUUGAUCAGGAUCAUGAUCGCCCACCGAUUCAUAUGGUGGUACCUGACCGGCUUCGACCUGGCGGUAAUGGUAGUACGGUUAUGCUGAAUGACACAGAUUUUUUUGUGAAUGAUGAAUCAAAUAACUUAUCGAAUUCAUUUAUUCAACAACCAUCACUACCAUCAACGCUUCAUCCAGCAGAUCUGGAGGUUGCAAGUGAAGAUGAUUAUUUAUCAUUUAAUUUUCAGCAGGGACAACCAUCACGUAAAAUCACUGAUUCAUGGCUUGCAGAGACCCAUAAUGGUAUUGAUGAUAAAAAUAUCUUGAAUAAACUUCAGCUACUUCAAAAUCGUGUUCGUCAUAUUGAACAAACUUUAGCUAGACGUCAAGGUCGCGAUCGAAUUUUUUAUACAUGUGUAAUUGGUUAUUUUCUACUUCAAGCUCUACUUUCUGUUCGUCGUUCGAUGCUUAAUUAA